UUUGAGAACAGCGUUUACAAAACGUGGCUUGAAACUUACCUGAGCUAUGUGGGACUAAAAGUGAGAAACACAUUUACGUGAUUUGGCUAACAAAGUGAAAGAUGGUUGAAUACAUUAAUCUGUGUCUAGCAUUAUUUGAGAUUUUUUGCAUUGUAGAAGGACAGACUUUUACAAUAUCGACCAAGUUUAAAAAUGGGGAUCUAUUGUGUGAAUGGACCAAUACUACUGCAUACAAGGAUUAUAUUAAGAUCAGUACAGACACAAACUUUGCGCUUAAAUGGGAAUUAAUCGCUAGUGACCGACACAUAGUGAAGGAUGUAAUAAAAUAUCAGUUUGUAAAUAUCGAGGUCCGCGAACACAAAUCUUCAGAUUUACAACAGUAUGUUGACCACAAGAAGAUAUACAAAGUUUCUCUGGUUGAUGCUAAUAUUGGAGAAUCAAAGUUUAUUUCAUGGAUCGCUGGCUCUUUCCCACAAUCUGGAGUAUAUCACAUAUAUAAGGACGCUGAGAACAUCAUAAUCGUCAAAAAUGAACAUUUACCAAAUUCCAAAUACUAUUACCACAGCCGGCCAUAUAACUCUACCAACAUUACGUUUGAGGUUACGAAUAUAACAUCCAUUGAUGCUGGUUUCUACGCUGGAGGUCCAUCAAAAGUAGACGCUGGUUCUGACGGAGGUGUAGUCCUAGUUGUAAAAAAAAAACCGACGAAACCAGUAAUCAAAGGAAAUCUUAACGUGUCUAUAAACACACAAGUCAAUUUGACCUGCUCCAGUAAAUCAACCUCUGCUCCUGACUAUUACUCCCGCAUUGUAGCCUGGAAUUACAGUUGGUACGUCAACACCACUAUCCUAGAAGGAGAAGAUAACAAGGAAUACAGAUUCACAGUGACAAAAGACGUUAAGUACAACAAUUAUUCAUGUCAGUCACAAGAACACUUUAAGUUUAUACAAGGUGAACCGUCAGAUCGAAGUUAUCCUGUCCGCAUUAAUCCUAUGUACGGACCUGGUGGUGUGCAAAUUAUCCCUCCGCCUCCAUUUAAUGUUCACAACAGAGUAACCCUGCCUGAAGGCGAAAAAUUUGGCCCGUACAGCUGUUCAGCUGAUUGUAACCCGCCAUGUAUCAUUCAGUGGAAACAAAAAAAAAUUGGCGUAGACUUUCAAAAUAUUGAAUUCGCCGGAAAAAAUCUUUCAGAACAACGAGUGGACAAAGACACAGAAUCGUUCCAGUGUGUUGCAAUUUGGAACUCUACAUAUCCCGUACAAAAAUCUAAAACGAUAAACAUGGACAUACUGUAUUUAUCGAAACCGAAAAUAAUUCUGAAUGGCAUCAGUCAAAAUCGAUCAGACAUCAGAAAAGGUGAAAAUCUGCCUAUUUCUUGUCAUGUGGAUGGAAAUCCAAACCCUACAAUCAUUCUCAGCAAAGUUUCAAAUGGUCAAGUCUUUGAUACAGAAGAUAGCAACUGCCUGGACUACACAAUAACAAAAGUCCAAUGUUCUGACACGGGCACCUACAGAUGUACAGGAAAUUCAACUCAAUUUGAAAGGAAAAUAAAGGAUUUUACUGUGAAUGUCAUCUGUGACCCUCAACUUGAUACGUCUGUGCCAUUCAAGACCAACUAUGGGUCAAUGAGUGGAAAAAAUGUCAAGGUUUUUGUGACAGUGCCUGUGCUUGCAAAUCCUCUUCCGUCCUCAUUUCAUUCAAGAAUAUCAUGGCAGGGACCUGGAUAUCUGAAUAUUACAAAUACAGUAUCAAAAAGUGAUAACGUUAUCUACAAACACUGGAUCAACAGUACCAUUCCUAUUCCUGAUCAGAGAUGUUUUGGAAACUACACAGUUACUUACAAUGGAACAGUCAUCGUCAAUAUAGCAAUCAACGCCGAAGAUUUACCUAAGCCGCCUUUGAACUUUACCUGGAACUCUAACGCUAGUGGAUAUGUCAGUCUUACUUGGGUAUCAAACUUUAAUGGAGGGCCAGAACAAAUUUUUAUCUUGUCAAAGAAAAAGGGAUCCAGCUGGACAUUUGUUCAAAAUCUGACAGACCCUGGUGAAAUGAAUAUGGGAUAUUAUGACCUAGGACCUUUAGUUCCAGGACAAGAGUAUCUGUACCAGUUGGAGAGCUGUAAUAGAAUCAAUUGUUCUUUAAGCCCUGUUGAAGUUCAGUUCAUAGUACAAGCCCGGUCUUCCCCAUCUUCCCUGCUCAUGGAUACUACAAUGAUGAUUGUGAUCGGAGCUUCCGCGGCUGUGUUUGUCCUCGUUGUGAUUCUAACAGUGGCGAUGAAGUUGUAUUGUAAAAGAAAAAAGUCACCUCCGAAGAAAAGUAACAGUGAUGAACGACUAAGUGGAUUGCAGGAUAAUACUCCAGUGGAUGUAGUUGUUUACGCUGCUGUUGACAAGAGUGUCUUGAUGAAGAACAGUCAACAAGUUGACAAAGCAGAGGGUGAUGCCAUCAAGGAUAAAAAUGAUGACAACGAAGCCAUGUAUUCAGAAGUGAUAAAAAAGCCCAAUAUACAUAACAAAACGGAUUCAAAGAAAGAAGAAAAGAAAAAGAAUGGAGAAAAGGAGUUGCAAGGAAAGAAAGAAGAGGCAGAAGCAUCUAACAGGAACGACGAUUCACGUACAACGAAUCAGGAUGGUUUAGUUUACAUAGAUGUUGAGUUUGCAAAAAAGCCCCAAAGUUCAGACACAAAAGGGAAACCGAUAAUACACGGAGACGAAGAGAGAACAGAAUACACGUUCGUGGAUUUCUCUAAAAAGGCGCCACCAAAACAGGAACAGCAAGAUAAUACCACGUGAUCAUCUUUAUCAACGAGAUGUUCAAACAUAUACCCUAAUA